AUGCCCAGCACACCAGGGUUUGUGGGAUACAAUCCAUACAGCCAUCUUGCCUACAACAACUACAGGCUGGGAGGGAACCCAGGCAGCAACAGCAGGGUAACGGCCUCAUCUGGGAUUACCAUCCCAAAACCACCAAAGCCCCCGGAUAAGCCACUGAUGCCAUACAUGAGAUACAGCAGAAAGGUCUGGGACCAAGUGAAGGCUUCCAACCCUGACCUUAAGUUGUGGGAGAUUGGCAAGAUCAUUGGUGGGAUGUGGCGUGACCUAACCGAUGAGGAGAAGCAAGAGUACUUGAACGAAUAUGAAGCUGAAAAGAUAGAGUACAAUGAGUCAAUGAAAACCUACCACAACUCACCUGCUUAUCUCGCCUACAUCAAUGCCAAAAGCAGAGCCGAAGCUGCUCUAGAGGAAGAAAGCCGCCAGCGCCAGUCCCGCAUGGACAAAGGAGAGCCUUAUAUGAGCAUUCAGCCAGCAGAGGAUCCUGAUGAUUACGAUGAUGGAUUUUCCAUGAAGCACACUGCUGCUGCACGCUUCCAGAGGAAUCACCGCCUAAUCAGUGAGAUCCUGAGUGAGAGCGUAGUGCCAGAUGUGAGGUCUGUGGUCACAACUGCCAGAAUGCAGGUUCUUAAGAGACAAGUCCAGUCCCUCAUGGUGCAUCAGCGUAAACUGGAAGCAGAGCUAUUACAGAUUGAAGACCGUCAUCAGGAGAAAAAAAGGAAAUUCUUGGAAAGUACUGAAGCUUUCAACAACGAGCUUAAACGGUUAUGCAGUCUAAAGGUGGAGGUGGACAUGGACAAGAUUGCUGCAGAAAUAGCCCAGGCUGAGGAGCAGGCCCGCAAGCGGCAGGAGGAACGUGAGAAGGAAGCAGCAGAGCAAGCUGAGCGCAACCAAAUUGCAGCCGCUGCAGCAGCAGCUGCUGCUGCCGCCACGGCAGCCGAAGAGGAGCAAGAAACGCCAAAGUCUGAAGAGAAGACCGAAGAGGAAGAAACUCAAGAAACCAGUGAGAGCCAGCAGAAUGGAGAGGAGGGGACAUCAACUCCAGAGGACAAGGAAAGCGGACAGGAGGCUGUGGACAGUACGCUGGAUGAAGGAACUAGUGACAGUAACACAGGAUCUGAGAGCAACAGUGGAACUGUGGAAGAGACACCAGUAGACCACCAGCCCACGGAGGAGGGAGAGCGGAAGGAAUGA